AUGGCAGCACGUGGCCGUCCCUCUCGAGUGGAUCAACAUGAUCCCAAAGUUCGGUUUUCAUUGCCGGAAACAGUCCCGGUGCUGCAUGGACAAGAACCCGGAGCCAUGCUUUUUGCCGUGGGGUCAAGGUCUGUUUCCAUUCCAGAUCACGGUGUCGCGCACCGUGCAGGCACCUCCUCGGAGCACACCGUGCCGCCAACACACCGAGUGAAUCAUCGACGCAGCUUGCUUGCCGCUGUACCGGGCUUCCCAAUUUUGCACUUGCUUCUGCCUCGUUUGGCAGCCUCUCAAGAAGCCGAGCUUGUCAACAAAGUUUCACCCCUGUCCAACCUUUUACAGUCCCCAGCAGCAUUCUACCGAUCUCGACAGCAGGCGGGUGGCGGAGCCAAGAUCCUGGCGCCCAUCCGCGGGUCCAGAGCCGGCCUGGAACGCUGCCGCUUCAUAUUGAAUGAUGGGGGUCCCAACCCGUACGUGGCCAUGCUACGGCUGGCAAGGAGUGCCUCCAUGAACUGCUAUCUGUACGAACCUAACGCUGGGGAGGGGUGGGAGGCGCGCGCAUCUCUCAUCCAACAGAGCCUGCCAUUCAGCGACCCUUGCACGCUUCGCUUGAUAUACAAGAACAGCAUCACCCUGAACAAGGACCCUGCGCUCCAGCAGCAAGGGAAGGUGCAACUAGAACGUCUGAUCAGGAACUUCCAGCUUUUGGAUGACAUGCUGGAGCGGGCGUCGCAGGGGGACCAGGCAGCAGUGCAGCAGGUGCCCAAAAUUCUUGAUGACGCCAUCGAAACUAAUGCUGGUUUUGAGGCCACCAUCCUUGCAUGCCUGGGGUUGUGA